GGCACAAUGACUACAUGUGUCCUGCUACUAACCAGUGCACCAUUGACAAGAACAGAAGAAAGAGUUGCCAGGCUUGCCGACUAAGAAAAUGCUAUGAAGUGGGAAUGAUGAAAGGUGGAAUUCGGAAAGACCGCAGAGGUGGGCGAAUGAUGAAACAAAAACGUCAAAGAGAGGAGCAGGAUUCCAGGAAUGGGGAGGCUUCUUCUACAGAGCUACGAGCUCCCACCCUUUGGACAAGUCCACUGGUGAUUAAACAUAACAAGAAGAACAGUCCAGCCCUGUCCCUGACGGCAGAACAGAUGGUCAGUGCCUUGCUGGAAGCUGAGCCACCCAUAGUUUAUUCUGAAUAUGACCCAAAUAGACCAUUCAACGAAGCCUCUAUGAUGACCCUGUUGACCAACCUUGCAGACAGAGAAUUAGUGCACAUGAUCAACUGGGCAAAGAGAGUUCCAGGAUUUGUGGAUUUAACACUCCAUGAUCAGGUCCAUCUUCUGGAAUGUGCCUGGUUAGAGAUACUGAUGAUUGGCUUAGUCUGGCGCUCCAUGGAACACCCAGGAAAGCUUUUAUUUGCACCUAACCUAUUACUGGACAGGAAUCAAGGGAAAUGUGUAGAGGGCAUGGUGGAAAUCUUUGACAUGCUGCUGGCUACUGCUGCUAGGUUUCGCAUGAUGAACCUUCAAGGGGAGGAAUUUGUGUGCCUUAAGUCCAUCAUCCUGCUCAAUUCUGGUGUGUACACUUUUCUUUCCAGCACCUUGAAGUCUCUGGAAGAGAGAGACUAUAUUCACCGUGUUCUGGACAAAAUCACAGACACUCUGAUACACUUAAUGGCUAAGUCGGGUCUUUCUCUGCAGCAGCAACACAGACGACUGGCUCAGCUCCUCCUCAUCCUCUCUCACAUCAGACACAUGAGCAACAAAGGAAUGGAGCACCUGUAUAAUAUGAAGUGUAAAAACGUAGUUCCACUCUAUGAUCUUUUGCUGGAGAUGCUGGACGCUCACCGACUGCAUGCCCCAGCAGCCAGGAGCGCUGCACCGAUGGAAGAGGAGAACCGGAGCCAGCUGACAACUGCAUCAGCUUCAUCUCAUUCCUUGCAGUCUUUUUAUAUAAACAGCAAAGAAGAGGAGAAUAUUCAGAACACAAUAUAAACAAAAGUCAGCAUGUAUAAUGGUAUGAGAAACCCAGCAGCGCACUACCUAGCCCAUGCUUCAUUUCGUCUAUAGUGCCACCUAUGUAAACACUCCAAUGACAACAGUCACCUGCAUUUUCCAUUUGAGUGUUUGUCAAGCACUUGCCUAAAUUGAUUGCUUAUCCUAAAUGAAAAACAUUUCAUUGCUAUGGACAGCCAGCAAGGAUUGUCUGGCUAACUUGAUUUAAAAUUUGCAGUGUUUUUAUUUAAUUUUGCAUGUAAGUUGGGUAAGUCCUAAUCUAAACCGAACAUUCAUUUUACUACAAAUGAAUAAGCCAUACCACCCAUGUGUAUUGGCAUCUUCAUAAGUGGUAGCAUUUGUUGAUAUCCACACAAAAUUCUGAGCUCGCUUAGUCCUUGUUUGAAAUUUUGAAGCAGUUUGGUAGAGAUUCUGGAUGACAUUUGGGGGCGGGGGGGAGGUAAAUGGAAAGUUGAUUGGCAUCUAAGUGUGCCAUAGUGAAACUGCACUGCUAGUGACUGCCUUGGUAGUUUAGGUAGAUUCCCGCCGCUCUUCUUCCUACAGUAGAAAGGAACCCCUGUCUGAGAAUAAUACUGUUUUACCUUGCUGGCUUACAUCAUCAGACAACUCCUUCUCAAGAUCCUACUGACCAAACUUUUAGGUCUCCUUACCAUGUCCUCUAGCUGAAUUGCAUUGCGUGCAUCCUAUCUUGCCUGAUCCUACAAAGCUAAAUUGUUCUGUUGCUUGGCAGUAUGUAAAUCAAGGGCAACACGGCUAACAGUGAUAACAUAGAUAAUUGCUCCUAAAUCAGAUCAGAUGAUUACAAAAAUCAUCAGGUCUUAAAAAAAAAAUCGUCAUACACAUACAUGAUCCAGCACUAUU